UGGAGGAACGCAACGCUGCAUCAAAGAUGGCUUGUAAUCAACCAACGUUUUCUUCAUUUAGGAAUUAUAUUGUGAAAAAAUAAGAGACCUCUUGCACGAAGAGAAAGCGGAAAGUGGUGGUAGUUGUCGCGAGCAGUGUUAGCACUCUCGUCGCUCUACGCACCGCUUUGCUCUCUCCGUGCGUUAAGUUGUCCCCCCGUGCUAGCUAGUUAGCUCUUAUAGUAAAUAUUUGCUAGCCAAGCUAGCUUGCUUACUGUUGAUUGCUAAAAUGGCCACCAUGGAGAAACUGAUGAAGGCCUUUGAGUCUCUGAAGUCAUUCCAGCAGCAACAGGGACCACCAACCGCCGAGGAGCUUGUCCAGAGGCAAAAAAAGGAACAGGCUACCACAAAGAAGGACAGGGUGACCCACUGUCUGACAAUAUGUGAGAACAUUGUGGCUCAGUCUCUGAGGACUUCUCCGGAGUUUCAGAAACUGCUGGGCAUCGCCAUGGAGAUGUUCCUGCUCUGCAGUGAUGACAGUGAAUCAGAUGUCCGAAUGGUAGCCGACGAGUGCCUGAACAAAAUCAUCAAAGCGCUGAUGGACUCCAACCUGCCUAGACUGCAGCUGGAGCUGUACAAAGAAAUUAAAAAGAACGGUGCCUCUCGGAGUCUGAGGGCGGCUUUGUGGAGGUUUGCUGAGCUUGCCCACCUCAUCAGACCACAGAAAUGCAGACCCUACCUGGUCAACCUGUUGCCGUGCCUCACCAGAAUCACCAAGCGGCAGGAGGAGACGGUGCAGGAGACUCUGGCUGCAGCAAUGCCCAAGAUUAUGGCAGCUUUGGGACACUUUGCCAAUGAUGGUGAAAUCAAGGUGCUGCUGAAGUCUUUUGUGGCCAACCUGAAGUCCAGCUCCCCAACCAUCAGACGGACGGCAGCAAGUUCGGCUGUCAGCGUGUGCCAACACUCCAGACGCACCAGCUACUUCUACACCUGGCUCCUUAAUGUGCUGCUGGGACUGCUGGUUCCAGUGGAUGAGGAGCACCCGAGCCACCUAAUUCUGGGGGUGCUGUUAACUCUUCGCUACCUGAUGCCUCUGCUGCAGCAGCAAGUCAACACCACCAGCCUCAAAGGAAGCUUUGGAGUCAUGAGGAAGGAGGCUGACGUUCAGCCAACACCUGAACAGCUGCUACAGGUGUACGAGCUGACCCUACACUACACGCAGCACUGGGAUCACAAUGUGGUCACAGCUGCUCUGGAGCUCCUGCAGCAAGUGUUCAGGACGCCCCCGCCAGAGCUUCUGCACAUGCUCAUCACCGCUGGCAGCAUUGCGAAUGCCACCGUGUUUCGCCAGGAUGCAGAGAGCCGCGCACGCUCCGGCAGCAUCCUCGAGCUCAUUGCGGGGGGAGGGUCUUCCUGCAGUCCACUCCUUCUCAGGAAACAGAGAGGUAAAAUUCUUUCAGGAGAGGAGGAUGGGCUGGAGGAUGACCCUGAGAGGACAGAGGUGACCACUGGUGCCUUCACAGCGUCAGUCGUUGGUGCAGACAGUUCCUCCGCAGCCCAGGUUGAUAUUAUCACAGAGCAGCCACGCUCUUCCCAGCAUACCCUGCAGCCUGGCGACUCUGUGGACCUCAGUGCCUCCUCAGAGCAGGGUGGUGGAGGAGGCGGGGCAUCUGCAUCAGACACUCCCGAGUCACCCAAUGACAACGAGGAAGAAAUGCUGAGUCGGAGCUCCAGUGGUGGGGCUAACAUCACUCCGGAGACGGCUGACUACACCACGCCAGAAAAUGCCACGCCGGAGGGAGGGCCCUUAGGAGAGGGCGGGACUCUGCUAGGCACUAACGAUCGCUCACUCCCACCCAGCGACUCUUCCCAAACCACCACAGAGGGCCCGGACUCAGCUGUCACUCCCUCAGACGUAGCAGAACUGGUGCUGGACGGCAGUGAGAGUCAGUACUCUGGGAUGCAGAUCGGAACACUACAGGAUGAAGAAGAUGAAGGAGCAGCACCGUCCUCCCAAGAAGAACCACCAGAACCUUUCCUGCAGUCGGCACUGGCUCUGAGCAAGCCUCAUCUCUUCGAAGGCCGAGGUCACAACCGGCAGGGUUCAGACAGCAGUGUGGACCGCUUCAUACCAAAGGACGAACCUGCCGAACCCGAACCUGACAACAAGCCAUCACGGAUAAAAGGUCCUAUAGGACAUUACACGGACCAGGGGGUGGAGCCACUGGUCCACUGUGUACGGCUUCUUGCUGCUUCCUUCCUGCUGACAGGACAAAAGAAUGGUCUGAUCCCUGACAAGGAGGUGCGAGUGAGUGUGAAGGCCCUGGCGGUCAGCUGUGUUGGGGCAGCAGCAGCGCUGCAUCCUGAAGCCUUCUUUAAUUCCCUCUACCUGGAGCCGCUGGACGGCGUUCCAGCAGAAGAGCAGCAGUAUGUCAGUGAUGUGCUGGGUCUCAUUGACCAUGGAGACCCCCAGAUCAGAGGGGCAACAGCCAUCCUCUGUGGAGCCAUCCUACACGCUGCACUCACCAAAACACGUUACAACAUACACAGCUGGCUGGCCAGUGUGCAGAGUGCAACAGGCAACCCUCUGUCCCUGGUGGACUUGGUGCCUUUGCUGCAGAAGACACUCAAAGACGAAUCCUCUGUCACUUGCAAGAUGGCUUGCUCUGCAGUGAGGCACUGCAUCAUGACGGUGUGCAGCAGUACUCUGAGUGAGCUUGGUUUACAGUUGGUGAUAGACCUGCUGGCUCUGAGGGAUUUAUCCUAUUGGCUCGUUCGCACUGAGCUCCUGGAGACCCUGGCUGAGAUGGACUUCCGAUUAGUUAAUUUCUUGGAGAGGAAGACAAACUCUUUGCACAAAGGAGAUCAUCACUACACUGGGCGGCUGCGGCUUCAGGACAGAAUCCUGAAUGAUGUGGUCAUCCGUCUGUUGGGAGAUGAUGAUCCAAGAGUGCGACAUGUUGCUGCCUCUGCUGUCAGCAGACUGGUCCCCAGGUUGUUCUAUGACUGUGACCAGGGUCAGGUGGACCCUGUGGUGGCUAUUGCCCGGGAUCAGAGUUCAGUCUACCUGCAGCUGCUUAUGCAUGAGACACAACCCCCCUCCCAGUUCACCGUUAGCACAAUCACAAGGACGUACAGAGGCUACAACCUGUCCAACACUGUGUCUGAUGUCACAUUGGAGAACAACUUGUCCAGAGUUGUUACCGCUGUCUCCCAUGCUUUCACUUCCUCUACCUCCAGAGCCGUUACUUUUGGCUGCUGUGAGGCCUUGUGUCUCCUGGCUUCAAAUUUUCCUGUGUGCACUUGGAGCACAGGCUGGCACUGUGGCUAUGUUAGCUCCAGUAGCAGCUUUUCUUCCCGCUCUAGUCUCAACCGCAGCAGGGGCAGGGCACUCAGUCUGUCCCAGCCCAGUAGUACUCCAGGCUCUUCAGCCACCUCCUCAUCUGCACCAGACGCUGAGCGGAGGACUCUUACAGUGGGAAUGGCCAACAUGGUUCUCUCCCUACUCUCCUCUGCCUGGUUUCCACUGGAUCUUUCUGCACAUCAAGAUGCACUUUUGCUUUCUGGCAAUCUGCUUGCUGCUGUGGCUCCUAAAUGCAUGCGCAACCCCUGGGCUGGAGAGGAGGAAAGCAGCAGCGGGAGCACAAACACCAGCGGAGGCCCAAAUAAGAUGGAAGAACCCUGGGCGGCUCUGUCAGAGCGCUCUCUGGUGGCCAUGGUGGAGCAGCUCUUCUCCCAUCUCCUCAAGGUCCUCAACAUCUGUGCCCAUGUGCUGGACGACACACCACCAGGACCAGCAGUUAAGGCCACCCUCCCCUCCCUGAGCAACACCCCCUCGCUCAGUCCCAUCCGCAGGAAAGGCAAAGAGAAGGAGGCUGCUGAGCCCAGUGCUGCUCCUAUGAGCCCAAAGAAGAGCAAUGAGGUCAACACAGGCAGACCAGCAGACAGCACAGGGUCAGCAGCUGUAAGCAAAUCUACCACCCUUGGCAGUUUCUACCACCUGCCACCCUACCUCAAGCUCUAUGAUGUCCUCAAAGCUACACAUGCCAACUACAAGGUGACAUUGGACCUCCACAAUAGCCAGGAGAAGUUUGGGGGUUUCCUGCGUGCCACUUUAGAUGUCCUGUCUCAGCUGUUGGAGCUGGCCACACUACAUGAUAUCAGCAAGUGUGUGGAAGAAAUUCUGGGCUACCUGAAGUCCUGCUUCUCCCGAGAACCAACCAUGGCUACAGUUUGUGUACAGCAGCUGUUAAAGACCCUGUUUGGCACCAACCUGGCCUCCCAGCACGAGGGCGUCCUGAGUGGACCCAGCCGCUCCCAGGGCAAGGCUCUGCGUCUUGGCUCAUCCAGCCUGCGACCAGGCCUCUACCACUACUGCUUCAUGGCACCGUACACACACUUCACCCAGGCUCUUGCCGAUGCCAGUCUCCGUAACAUGGUGCAGGCUGAACAGGAGCAGGACACAUCUGGAUGGUUUGAUGUAAUGCAAAAAGCAUCCAAUCAGCUGAGGUCCAACAUUGCAAAUGCAACUCGCAACAGAGGAGACAAGAAUGCCAUCCACAACCACAUUCGACUGUUUGAGCCACUGGUGAUCAAAGCGUUGAAGCAGUACACAACCAGCACUUCUGUGGCCCUGCAGAGACAAGUGCUGGACCUGCUAGCCCAGCUCGUGCAGCUCAGAGUCAACUAUUGCCUACUGGACUCAGAUCAGGUGUUUAUAGGCUUUGUCCUUAAGCAGUUUGAAUACAUUGAAGUUGGACAGUUCAGAGAUUCGGAGGCCAUCAUUCCAAACAUCUUUUUCUUCCUGGUGCUCCUAUCUUACGAGCGCUACCACUCCAAGCAGAUAAUCAGCAUUCCAAAGAUCAUUCAGCUGUGUGACGGCAUCAUGGCCAGUGGCAGGAAAGCUGUCACACAUGCCAUCCCAGCCUUGCAGCCAAUAGUUCAUGACCUGUUUGUCUUGAGGGGCUCAAACAAAGCAGACGCAGGCAAAGAGCUGGAUACGCAGAAAGAAGUGGUGGUCUCCAUGUUGCUCAGACUCGUACAGUACCAUCAGGUGUUGGAGAUGUUCAUCCUUGUACUGCAGCAGUGUCACAAAGAGAAUGAGGACAAAUGGAAGAGACUGUCCAGACAGAUCGCAGACGUCAUACUUCCCAUGAUUGCCAAGCAGCAGAUGCAUCUGGACUCUCCAGAGGCGUUGGGAGUGUUGAACACUCUUUUUGAGACUGUAGCGCCUUCUUCUCUGAGACCUGUAGACAUGCUGCUCAAGAGUAUGUUCACCAUCCCAGCCACCAUGGCAUCAGUAGCCACCGUCCAGCUGUGGGUGUCCGGUAUCCUUGCAGUGCUUAGGGUACUCAUCUCCCAGUCCACUGAGGACAUUGUCCUGUCCCGGGUCCACGAGCUCUCACUCUCCCCACAUCUCCUCUCCUGCCACACAAUCCGCCGCCUCCAUCAGCAGAGCUCCUCCCCAAAUGACGCAUCUGCUGCUGACACACUCAGUAACCAGGAAGCUAAUGGUGAGGCUCAAAAAGCCCCACCUGAGGAAACCUUUGCCAGGUUCCUCCUUCAGCUGGUAGGAGUGUUGCUGGAUGAUAUUUCCUCCAGAGAGGUUAAAGUGGACAUUACAGAGCAGCAGCACACCUUCUACUGCCAGCAGCUGGGUACACUGCUCAUGUGUCUCAUUCAUGUCUUCAAAAGUGGAAUGUUUCGCAGGAUCACAGCUGCAGCCAGCCGUCUCCUGAAGGGUGAAAGUGGCAAUGGACAGACCGGCACUGAGGCCAGCCUCUUUUACCCAUUAGAGGGUCUGAACAGCAUGGUGCAGUGCCUCAUCACCACCCACCCCCCGCUGGUGCUCCUCUGGUGCCAGGUCCUCCUCAUCAUCAACUACACCAACUACUCAUGGUGGGCAGAGGUUCACCAGACCCCCAGGAGACACAGCCUCUCAUGCACAAAGCUGCUGAGCCCUCACUCCUCAGGGGAAGGCGAAGAGGACAAGCCUGAGUCGCGGUUAGCGAUGGUCAACAGAGAGAUUGUGCGCAGGGGAGCCCUUAUUCUCUUCUGUGACUAUGUGUGUCAGAACCUCCACGACUCAGAGCAUCUGACCUGGCUGAUUGUCAAUCACGUGCGUGACCUGAUCAACCUCUCCCAUGAGCCUCCAGUGCAGGACUUCAUCAGUGCCGUGCACCGCAAUUCAGCUGCCAGUGGCCUUUUCAUCCAGGCCAUCCAGUCCCGCUGUGACAACCUCACUACUCCUACCAUGUUGAAGAAGACUCUGCAGUGUUUGGAGGGCAUCCACCUGAGUCAGUCUGGAUCGUUGCUGAUGUUGUAUGUGGACAAGCUGCUCAGUACACCUUUCAGGGUUCUGGCUCGCAUGGUGGACACUCUGGCGUGUCGCCGGGUAGAGAUGCUGCUGGCAGAGACACUACAGAACAGCAUAGCCCAGCUGCCUGUGGAAGAACUGGACAGGAUCCAGGAAUACCUCCAGACCAGUGGGCUUGCUCAGAGGCAUCAGAGGUUCUACUCCCUGCUGGACAGGUUCAGAGCCACUGUUGCUGACACUAGCAGUCCCACCCCUCCUGUGACAUCUCACCCCUUGGACGGGGAUCCACCUCCUGCCCCUGAAGUGGUCCUUGCAGAUAAGGAGUGGUAUGUGGCUCUGGUGAGGUCUCAGUGCUGUCUUCGUGGGGAUGUUUCCCUCCUGGAGACAACAGAACUGCUUACCAAACUACCUCCAGCUGAUCUCUUCAACAUUAUGAGCUGCAAGGAUUUCAACCUGAGCCUGCUGUGUCCAUGCCUGAGUAUGGGGGUACAGCGGUUAGCACGAGGUCAGGGGUCACUCUUGUUGGAGACAGCCUUGCAGGUGACCCUAGAGCAACUAGCAGGGGUCACUGGGUCGCUUCCUGCUCCCCACCAGUCCUUCCUUCCGCCUGCCCAAUCCCAGCCCUACUGGGACCAGCUGGCUAAUGUGUAUGAUGUGCCAGGUUUCUACCCCAGGGUUUUGUCGCUCUGCAGAGCUUUGUCCCAGUACUUGCUGAGUGUGAGCCAGCUGCCUUCCUCACUACAAAUUCCCCCUGACAAGGAGCACCUCAUCACCAUGUUCACCUGCACUGCAGCUGAGGUGGUGGUGUGGCGUUUGCUCCACGAUCACUUGCCCUUGAGUGUGGACCUGCAGUGGGCUCUGUCCUGCUUAUGUCUGGCUUUGCAGCAGCCCUGCAUCUGGAACAAGCUCUCCACUGCAGAGUACACCACACACACUUGCUCCCUCAUCUACUGCCUACGCCUCAUCAUUGUUGCAGUGGCUGUUAGUCCUGGUGACCAGCUGCUGCAUCCAGAAAAGAAAAGGACAAGGGCAGACAGAGACGCUGAAGGAGACCAAGUGGACUCAGCACAUGCUGACCACAUGUGCGAGUGGCAAGCAUGUGAGAUCAUGGCAGAGCUGGUGGAAGGCCUGCAGAGCGUCCUUGCCCUGGGUCACCGUAGUAACAGUGUGUUCCCUGCUUUUCUCACACCAACGUUGCGCAACAUUGUCAUCAGUUUGUCCCGACUGCCUCUGGUCAACAGCUACACCCGAGUACCUCCACUGGUUUGGAAACUGGGCUGGUCCCCUCAGCCAGGAGGAGAGUUCAGCACAACGCUACCUGAGAUCCCUGUGGACUUCCUGCAGGAAAAGGAUGUCUUCAGAGAGUUUCUCUAUCGCAUCAACACACUGGGCUGGAGCAGCAGGACUCAGUUUGAGGAGACCUGGGCCACUCUGCUGGGGGUGCUGGUCACCCAACCCAUCACUAUGGACCAGGAGGAGGAGACGCAGCAGGAGGAGGAUUUGGAGCGUACCCAGUUGAAUGUGUUAGCAGUGCAGGCCAUCACCAGCCUGGUGCUGAGUGCCAUGACCCUGCCCGCUGCUGGCAACCCUGCAGUCAGCUGUCUGGAACAGCAGCCCCGCAACAAGAGCCUCAAAGCCCUGGAAACACGGUUUGGAAGGAAACUUGCAGUGAUCAGGGGUGAGGUGGAGAGAGAGAUUCAGGCUCUUGUGUCCAAGAGAGACAAUGUCCACACUUACCACCCAUACCACGCCUGGGACCCUGUGCCCUCACUGUCAGCAGCCUCUGCAGCAGGUACGCUGAUCAGCCAUGAGAAGCUGCUGCUUCAGAUCAACACAGAGAGGGAGAUGGGCAACAUGGAUUACAAACUGGGACAGGUCUCCAUCCACUCAGUGUGGUUGGGUAAUAACAUCACGCCACUGAGGGAGGAAGAAUGGGGUGAGGAUGAAGAAGACGAGGCAGACACUCCAGCGCCCACCUCCCCACCGAUAUCUCCAAUAAACUCUAGGAAGCACCGUGCAGGUGUGGACAUUCAUUCAUGUUCUCAGUUUCUCCUGGAGCUCUACAGCCAGUGGCUGAUCCCUGGCUCCCCGAGUCACAGGAGGACUCCAACCAUCCUCAUAAGUGAAGUGGUCCGAUCGCUGCUGGCGGUGUCGGACCUGUUCACAGAGAGGAACCAGUUUGACAUGAUGUUCUCCACUCUGAUGGAACUGCAGAAGCUCCACCCACCAGAGGAUGAGAUCCUCAAUCAAUACCUGGUGCCUGCCAUCUGCAAGGCUGCUGCUGUGUUGGGCAUGGACAAAGUAAUAGCCGAGCCUGUGUGUCGCCUGCUGGAGACAACUCUACGCAGCACCCACUUGCCAAGCCGUAUGGGUGCCCUGCAUGGAGUGCUGUAUGUGUUGGAGUGUGACCUGCUGGAUGACACAGCCAAACAGCUCAUCCCCACAGUCUCUGAGUAUCUACUGUCCAACCUCAAGGCUAUCGCUCACUGUGUGAACCUGCAUAACCAGCAGCACGUGUUGGUGAUGUGUGCAGUGGCCUUCUACAUGAUGGAGAACUACCCUCUGGAUGUAGGAGCUGAGUUUAUGGCUGGAGUUAUACAGUUGUGUGGUGUGAUGGUGUCUGCGAGCGAGGAAUCCACUCCCUCCGUCAUCUAUCACUGCGUACUGCGCGGUCUGGAGCGCCUCCUGCUGUCGGAGCAGUUGUCACGUGUGGAUGGAGACGCGCUGGUCAAACUCAGUGUGGACCGAGUCAACAUGCCGUCACCACACAGAGCCAUGGCUGCGCUAGGCCUCAUGCUCACCUGCAUGUACACUGCGGUGCUCAUGUCGGGUUCAGACGUGACAGGGGUUAGAGGUCAGGUUGACUCUGGCUCUGCCGUAGCGGAGGCGGUGGGCGUCACGGCGGGUCAUGUUGGUUUCUCCUCAGGCAAGGAGAAGGCCAGCCCUGCCAGUCGCCCCGCCCACUCUGACCCUCAGGCCCCAGACAGCGAGUCGAUCAUUGUUGCCAUGGAGAGGGUCUCUGUGCUCUUUGACAGAAUCAGGAAGGGUUUACCCAGCGAGGCUCGGGUGGUGUCCAGGAUUCUGCCCCAGUUUCUGGACGACUUCUUCCCACCACAGGACGUCAUGAACAAGGUCAUCGGAGAGUUCCUGUCCAAUCAGCAACCCUACCCACAAUUCAUGGCCACUGUGGUCUACAAGGUUUUCCAGACACUCCAUGCCACAGGCCAGUCGUCCAUGGUGCGAGACUGGGUGCUGCUGUCCUUGUCCAACUUCACUCAGAGGACACCAGUGGCCAUGGCCAUGUGGAGUCUCUCCUGCUUCUUUGUCUCAGCUUCCACCUCCCAGUGGAUCUCAGCCUUACUGCCACAUGUGAUCAGCCGAAUGGGCUCCAGUGAGGUGGUGGACGUCAACCUGUUCUGCCUGGUGGCCAUGGAUUUUUACCGGCACCAGAUUGACGAGGAGCUGGACCGCAGGGCUUUCCAGUCCGUCUUUGAGACCGUGGCCUCACCAGGCAGCCCUUAUUACCAGCUGCUGGGCUGUCUGCAAUCAAUCCACCAGGAUACAUCACUCUGAGAGCAACAGACUGAGACGGACAUGGAGGCUCAGAGAGGGAGAGAGGGGCGGGGGGGGGAAUGAAGCACGGGUAGAAAAGUGGAUUAGGGUGAGAAAUGUGGUAGGGCGUGAAAUUAGAUCUCCAUGUAUACCUCCCUCUUGAGUGCUGAUGGUGAGGAAGGACAGAAUGUUUUCUUGCAAAAAGCUACUAUAGCCUCAUCCUUUUCCCUGAUCUGAAGUAGAACUACUGAAGUCACCAUGAUGAAUUCAGUAGAAUGAGCAUAAAUGGAGAGAGGAUCUGAAUCCAUGUCAGUUUUAGGGUGUAUGUGAAAUGGAAAGGGGCAGAGUGAGCUCCUGCACCUGUACGAAGGACACUAACUGCAAAACCUUCGAACUGCAGUUCUGCCCACAGCCACAUUUCCCCCUCACAGACCAUUCCUCCAGAAGAAUGAUGCACCUUGAACACUUCCUCCUUCCCAGCACCUUGAUUUAAAAAAAUAAAUAAAAAUAAAAUAAAAACAUAUAAUGAUAAGAUUAAUUAAACACAAAAUUGGAUUUAUUUUCCUGUGAGGACUUGCCUGAGUAUUGUGAUGUCAGUAAAGUAAAAUAGAGAAAAUAUUUACUAUAUUUAAAGUUUCAAUGCAUCUAUUUUUCAGUGCGUUUUGUUAAAGAGUGCUUAUGGUCUGGUUAGGACACUGACAAUGGGCUGACACACAAAAGGGUCAGAAAUGCCUGCUUAAUGUUGUCAAUAAUUAGUAUCUUUGAAGAUCUUUUUAUAUUUAUGUUGCUUGUGGUUAUUCUGACACACAGGGGUUAAAUAGUAAAGUUUUAUGUGUAAGAAUGAUCACUAAUAGCAUAGCUUUUUUUUAUGAUGAUGAGAAGCAGGUUAUAGGUAUUGCAAUUGUAUUUGUCACUGCAGAAAGGGCAACUUGUUUACACACAUUUCGACAAGUUACUACAGUUCCCGUGUCUGUUCAGUGGAAUAUUCUGGAUGUGAAAUAGUGAGAGGACAAAGAACCAGACAGGUACACACUGAGCAGUAUAAAAUACAUCUCCCUUCCUGCUGCGUUUCCAAAUGACAUGUAGUUUUAACUGUUUGAGGGCCCAUAAAUCCACACCUGAAAGACACAAAUACCAAAAUUGUAGUGAUGUCAUCUUUUUUUUUUUUAACCAGUAGCAGGGAGGAAAAUCAUUUCCUCUUAUGAUUUUAUGGUAUUGCUUAUAUCUUUCUAGUCAUUUUUUUUAACUACGUUAAAAUCCUGAAUGCUCCCCAGUGCACCUGAUUCCACCUGUUGACUUCUUGUACUUUUUUUUUUUUUUUUUUUUUUUUUUUUUAAAUUCUCAGGAUGUAAGAUGUGACUAUUGUUGUUGUAAUAAGACAAAGUAAUUUACAGUCAUCUUUAAACGGAGUUACCUUUGUAUCUUGUAAAAAGUAAUUGUAAAGUAAUGCGGAAGCCUUGGUGCAUGAUCAAAUAAGAGCUGUGUAAAGAUGAGAGAUCUUAAAUAGAUGCAUAAUGUGAUGCCAUUUUCUUUUCUGUCUUAACACACGUACAUGAUCAGAAAAUGAAAAAUCAGUGACUCAGCAGACCACAGAAUGCAGAAAGCUACAAGCUUAGUGUUUUAUUCAAGACUUGACCUUGAGUUGCCUGGGAGUGUGGUGGGCGUCGUUACUCUGUACAUACACUUGCCUUAGAUGAAAGACUGAAUAUAUGUAUGUCCUGUACACUGAAAGCUUGAAAGCAUGCUUAGCAUUACUGCUAUUUUCUUGCAUAGUCCUUAAUACUGUAUUUCCGUGGGUUACGGUUGCCAUGACGGUUGUGUUGAAGAGAUGCAACACAGUCCAAAGGGAGCCUUGUAACCUUAGCGACCAACAGCAGCUUUGACAAAUCAACAGAUGAGGAAGUGUAGCGUAGUUAUGCCACGUGACGGCAGGAGUUUUCUGUUUCUGUUGAGCUUUAAAUAUUGUUUUGUCUCUGUUAAAGAUUGGUAAGUAUUUCAUCCUUCAUCGUCUUUGUGCAAAAUAUUAAAUACACCUAGCACUUAAAAACUUGAAGUUCUCCUCAUGUUGAUGUUAGAUGCUUUCUUGAUAUGCAAUGAGUCCUACAGUACAUAAAAGGAUAAACAUCACAGUGAUUUGUAUGCUCAAUAUGUUACCACUUCUCAACCUUUAAAAGCAAUGUGACUGGUUUCCUUUGAUCAUGUUAAAAUAAUGUAUUCACACAAUAAAUGACUGAGUUCUCUGCA